AGUCGGUGUGCACCGGUCGCAGGCUGAACACCUUUAAACGAAAGAUCUCGUCGCGCCACCGUAUAGAGACCUCGUCGACGAAGAUAUACUUUGGAUAUUUUCCAGGCUGUGAUGAUCAUGGACCGAGCCAUCAUCUUGUGUACUAUCGUGAUAGCCCUCGUUUCCUUAAAAAUGCCAACAACUUUUGGUAUACGAGAUUCAUCGUGUCCAAGGAUAUGCACACAACAGGCGUACGGAGAUCCUGUGUGUGGCUCGGAUGGUGUCAUAUAUCCCAACAUAUGCGAAAUGAAGAAGAAAACGUGCGGUAAAGGGAUUAAACUUUCCACAGAUUCAGGUGUUUGUCAAAGAUCUCAAGGUUCAAAGUGCGACCAUAAGUGUGGUACAGAAAAAGACCCCGUUUGCGGCACGGAUGGCCGCACAUACCUGAACAGGUGCAUGCUCCAGGUCGAAAUAUGCAGGGUUGGCAUCGAUCUAUCCCAUUUAGGUUCAUGUAACAACAUAAGUGCACACAGAGAAAAUUGUCCAAUCGAUUGCAAAUUGGCUCCUCAAGAUGGGCCUAUAUGCGGUAGCGAUGGAAAUGUUUAUAAGAAUACUUGUCAAAUGAAAUUACUCACUUGUGGCCAAGGAGUAGUUAGGACUAACAAGAAAUACUGUCAAACAACAAGACAUUGCAGAGAGGUUUGUUGGAGAUCUAACAAACCAGCUUGCGGAUCGGAUGGUAAAAUUUACGCGAAUGUUUGUAAGAUGAAGACGAAGAACUGCGGAAAACAUGUAUUCGAAGUCCCAAUGGCUUUCUGUACGAUGCAAGAAAGACAUUCCCACUCUUUAAAUUGUCCUAUUAGUUGCGUUAAUGAAGUCGAGAAGCCUACUUGCGGUUCGGAUGGAUACAUUUACAAAAACGAGUGCGAGUUAAGGCUACUCAAUUGUGGAAAUAAUCGCAAAGUCCUUAAGGUUGAUUUGGAUAAAUGUAAAGCUAGAUUAUCAAAGUGUCAGAAAAUUCAAUGCAACGAAGAACAAGAUCUCGUUUGUGGUUCAGACGCAAGAACUUAUAUCAAUCAAUGCCAACUCAAUCUAGCCACCUGUUUAAAAGGAGUACAAUUAGCUCAUGUAGGAAAUUGCACUUCUUUAAGAGAACCGACUCCAUGUCCAACAAAUUGUGACCAUGUUGAACCACAACCAGUUUGUGGAUCUGACGGAAAUGUCUAUAGAUCUGAGUGUGACCUAAAAAAAGAAACAUGCGGACAAAUCGUAGUUGAAGUUCCACAACAACAUUGCAGAACAACAGCACUUUGUAAAGAUACAUGUGACGAUAGCGUCAUUCAAUACGUGUGCGGUUCAGACAAUAAAAUUUAUAAAAGUGAAUGUGAAAUGAAGAGAACAAAUUGCGGGAAACACAUAUUUGUGGUACCCAUGAAAAGAUGUAUAGCCGGAUUUAUGUUCCGUGGAUGCCAAAAAAUAUGUCCAACUUACUACGACCCAACGUGUGGUUCAGAUAGCUUAACUUACAGUAACAGUUGCUUCUUGGAAAUCGAAACGUGCAGAACUAAAGGAGAAGUAACCAUGAAACAUUUGGGAACGUGCGCAGAACCCAUCAAAGAAGUCCCGAAAAAUUACUUAUACUAAAAUUUACCCUUAAAACGCACUUCGAGAGGACAUAGAGAGAAUUUUUUAUAACAAAUCUUGCCCCACAUAUACCAGUAGGAACAGCGUUUGUUUCUUUCGUAAAGAGGCAACGACACACGUCGAUAUUUACAUUUAUCAAUCGAAGAUAAUGUACGUGUAUGUAAAUGGAUAUAGAGUUUUUGUGCCAAUUGCCGAUAUUGUACCGCGUAUUAAAACUUUUUAUUACGAUUGUUUCUAUCAUUGUAGCUAGUUAACGAUAGGAUUUCCAAACCCACCGUGGAGCGUAUGCAGGAUUUACCUGCAAUGUUAUUUAUUUGUAUUGCUAAUAUUAUUUUAGUGCUAGUGUUGUAACCGAGCUGUGUACUUUAGUGUAUUUAUCAAAAUAUACUAUAUUUAAAACACA